AUGAGUUCGAGCAUACUGCUGCCCAAGGCUGCCGCGAAAACAGCUGUUAUUGUUGCUCCUGUGAGGGGCGCGGUGCCGAUAUGUCGUCGUCAGCAGCGCAUCAGAUUGCCAUCGGCGGGGUAUAGCACCGCAGCUUCUACGAGAGCGAGACUUCCCAAGACGAGGGGAGGAGGAGUGCAGUAUGUGGUUGUUCAACCUAGGUCCUUCCACACCACCCGCCCCCAGCUCGCAACCCCAAAGGACCCCUACGGCACCCUCGGCGUGUCCAAGUCAGCCUCCCAAUCCGACAUCAAAAAAGCCUACUACGGCCUCGCGAAAAAGUUCCACCCCGACACGAACAAAGACCCAACCGCAAAGGACAAGUUCGCCGAGAUUCAGAGCGCCUACGAGAUCUUGAGCGACCCCAAGAAGAGGGAGCAGUUUGAUCAGUUUGGCGCUGCUGGGUUUGAUCCCUCUGGCCAGCCUGGUCCGGGAGGAGCUGGGGGUCACCCGUUUGGUCAGGGACAUCCUUUUGGUGGUGGUGGGUUCGGUGGUCAAGGCGGGUUUGGGAGCAACAUCAACUUUGAGGAUUUAUUCUCGAGCUUUAUGGGAGGUGGUGGUGGACCUUUUGGUGGGGGGAGAGGGGGUAGAGGGGGAGGGGGCCCGUUUCAGCAGCAGGAGAUUAUUCAGGGGGAUGAUAUCGAGGUGCAGGUUAAUGUCAGCUUUAUGGAGGCGGCCAAGGGGGCGAGCAAGACGAUUACUAUUUUGCCGCUGACGAGCUGCAGGACUUGCAGCGGGAGCGGGCUGAAGGAGGGGACGCAGAAGGCUACUUGCAAGGCUUGUGGGGGGUCGGGGACGAGGGUGCAUUUUAUGAGUGGGGGGUUCCAGAUGGCGAGCACGUGUGGGAGCUGUGGGGGGAGUGGGACGGCUAUUCCCAAGGGGGCUGAGUGUAGGAGUUGUUCUGGGGAGGGGGUGACGAGGGAGAGGAAGAGUAUUAGCGUUGAUAUCCCCGGGGGGAUUGAGGAUGGGAUGAGGUUGAGGGUCAGUGGGGAGGGUGAUGCGCCGGCGAUGGGUAGGGCUAGCACAUCUGAUGCGAGGGGGACGCAGGGGGAUUUGUAUGUGUUGGUGAGGGUGGCCAAGGAUCCAAAGUUUACGAGGCAGGGGUCGGAUAUUCUUUAUACGGCUUCGAUCCCGUUGACUACGGCGUUGUUGGGUGGCGAGGUUACCAUCCCAACACUGGAGGGGGAUGCCAAGGUCAGGAUUGGGACGGGGACGAACACUGGAGACAAGAUGACGCUCGCGGGCAAGGGUAUGCCGAGGUUGGGAGGGAGGAGAGGGGGGAUGGGCGAUUUGAAGGUGGAAUUUAGGGUCACGAUGCCAAAGUAUCUGUCUGCGAACCAGAGGACGCUGGUCGAGAUGCUGGCGGAUGAGAUGGGCGACAAGACGGCGAAGCGGAUUAUGAAUUUGCAUAAGACGUGAGAGAACCUUUCUGCACUCCCUUGGAUUUGGACAACCUGCUUAAAUUACAUCUUGUUUUGUGGUUUUAGGUCGGAUAGUUCAUCAGCAGAGUCGCACAAGAACGAGGGGUUCCUCAAGUCGCUUUGGCACAAUCUCACCAACAACCCGGAGCACAUGCGCGAGAAGGAGAACGACGAGGUGAACAAGAAGGAUGGUUCUUCUUCCGAGAAGAAGUAAAAACACAGCGAAAACAAUACGACGACAAGGUUACGGAACUACGAGUGAAAAAUAGUGUACGAUUCUUUCGGAGUGUUUUUCCUUGAAGUUGUAAACUGCACAACAAAACUACGAACAUUCGAUGGAU